AUGGCAAGAGGCAAUCAGACCACAGUGACAGAAUUUGUCCUUAUGGGAUUCACUGACCGUCCAGAGCUCCAGCUUCCCCUCUUUGUGGUGUUCUUGGUAAUUUAUCUCAUCACCUUGGUAGGAAACCUUGGCAUGAUCCUGCUCAUCAAGGUGGACUUGAAGCUCCACACUCCCAUGUACUAUUUCCUCAGCCACCUGGCAUUCAUCGAUGUUUGUUACUCAUCUUCCAUUGGGCCCAAGAUGCUGCAGAAUUUAUUGGUGAAGAAAAAAACCAUCUCCUUUUCAGGCUGCUUUGCCCAGCUGUACUUCUCCAGUGCUUUUGCCACCACUGAAUGCUUCCUCUUGGCCACAAUGGCCUAUGACCGCUACAUGGCUAUCUGCAACCCCCUGAUCUACACAGCCAUUAUGACUCAGCGGGUCUGCAAGGAGUUGGUGAUAGGGGUCUACACCUAUGGCUUCCUGAACUCUGUAAUACAAACAGUUCUGACUUUCCAGUUGUCCUUCUGCGACUCCAACAUCAUCCACCACUUCUACUGUGCUGACCCCCCUCUCCUGGCCCUCUCCUGUUCAGACACCGGCAACAAAGAAAAGCAGCUCUUGAUCUUCUCAGCAGUGAACCUCACUGGAUCCCUCCUGACGGUCCUUAUCUCCUACUUUUGCAUCCUCUUUUCCAUUAUAAAAAUCCAGUCUUCCGAAGGCAAGUGCAAAGCCUUUUCUACCUGCGCUUCCCACCUCACUGUGGUCAUCAUCUUCUACGGGACCCUGUUCUUCAUGUACCUGCAGCACCCCAAGGCAGGGGAUUCAUGGAAGUCCAACAAAGUGGUCUCUGUGUUUUAUAGUCUCGUAAUUCCCCUGCUCAACCCCCUGAUCUAUACCCUGAGGAACACAGAAGUAAAGGACACCCUGAAAAAGAUGCUUGAGGGCAAAUCGCCAUAGCGAGUGAGUUGGCAGGACGUAGCUUUGGGGAGGUAGGAUAUGCUGACACAGUAUAACCAACAUGACUGAAAUUUAGCAGGUCCGCUGCCAUGCAGUCCACCCAGUUGGGAAUUUUCUGUAAAGACCAGAAGUACUAGGCCACUUGCUUGACAUGGUAAUAUUGAAUCCAA